AUGUCUGGUGUCGCUAUUUACAUUAGCAACUCAGAUAUUAGUUUAUUUGUUUCUACAACUUCAUUUUCAAAUUGCAGGACCACAGAUUCAAAUACUAAUGGUAUAGUUUAUACUGAAUGCCAAUCUGUGAUAAUAGACGCAUCUUGCACGCGCUCUUGUUUUACAGCUGGAAAAGGAAGCUUUUUAUAUUCGAGAUUCAACAAUGAAAAAGGCAAUGUUUCUAUUACAGAAGCUUCCACCUUCUGGGAUGAAUCAAGUUCUUCAUCUUACUACAUAUUUAAUGCUGAUUAUUUGGAUGUUACAAAAAUAAAUUCAACUUCUUGUAAAACAGUCGACAAUUCACUAAUAUACGCUGAAGAUACAACCAAAGUAAACUUCAACCAAUCAUAUAUUUUCAACCAAAAUUGCAAUUCUGUGUUGAAUUCCAAUAAAAAUACAGUAUUUUCACUGAAAACUGUUGCUUUCAAUACAAUCAAGUCACCUGUUAUUGCUGAUGGUUGUGCAGCGUUCACUUUCACACGUUGCGCCUUCUUUAAAGUUUUUUCGAACAUUUCAAAUAUUUUGGAACCGAAAACUAUAGUUGAAAAGUGUUAUAUUGACUUGAAUAUCAAAGCAGGAGCUGCACAAAUUGAUUUCCCGAGCGCUCUAAACAAGGCAACCGUUUUUGGCGACGAAUACAUCGAAAUAGGAGUUUGUUACACCGGGCCAACACCAAUCAGAACACCACAGAAGACAGUACCAGUCAGAACAAUGCCAAACAUCGAACCAGAACCACAAAUUGUCGCAAAACCAGCUGUAAGAACCGGAAUUAUCUCUGUUGGGCUCGUUAUUCCACUUGUAAUGAUAAUCGCUGUUGUAAUUGCACUCGUGAUAUUCAGAGCUCGCAAUACAAUCGACGUAGUUAUCAGAAAUAAUUUUCAAUAA